CUUGUCAAGUGAACAAAAAAUGCGUGCUAUGAAGUUUAUUAAUGGUUUGGCAAAAGACAUGAUGUUGCCAACUGCAAUAGCAGAAUUAGGUCACUACAUGGGCAAACUCCAUUUCUUUGCAGAGAAUUUUUUGUGGGAAGUACUACCUACGGUUGAUGCAAUAACUUGGUGGAAAGGUUAUUGUGGAGAUCUCUCACUUUCAAAAUUAGCUGUACGGAUUCUCACAAUGCCAUGUACAUCAGCUGCCACCGAAAGAAGCUUUAGCACUCAAAGUUUAAUUCACACAAACAGAAGAAAUAGGUUAACAAGCAAAAGAGCUAUAAAACUAAAUUAUAUUCAGCACAACAGUAAAUUGUUUAGUUCUCAAGAACCUACGACGGUUCAGGAUGACAGAAACUUCCAGCAUCAGCAAUCAAAUAUUAAUAACCCUGAAGCACCACCUACUAGCAGUUCCAAAGAAAAGUACUCACGAAAAUCAUUCUCAACCAAUCAAGUUUGUUCAGAGAGUUCUGAUUCUGACUCUAAUAUUUCGUGGACGUCGGAUAUAGAAGGAAAUGGAAACUCUGACGAUGACUUUAGUUACAAUGAUACCCCGUCUGAUGCAGAAGAGGAGCAUAUUGAUGAAACUCCCCAAACCAAAGGACAGAAACGCAAACGCGAUACUACUUGUCUACUUAGUGCAAGUCAUAUUGCUGGUUCCGACAGUAAAGAUGAUUCAUUAGAAGUACUGAACUGCAGUAUACAUAAUGCAGAUGAGUCCGUAUAUGAUCCUGAUCCCCAAGAAUCCCUACUCGAAUCUGAUCUUCAGUCAAUAAGCUGUAAGUCGUUUUACAAAGAAACAAUACCGAUAACACGCAGAAAGUAGCGUAAAGUACAAGUACAAGUGAUUCAACCAUUUUAGUUAAUUAAAGAAGACUGUGAAUUUCUUUUUUAUUAGUUUGAUAAGUAGUUCAUUUGUUUCGUGCUAUAGCAUAAGUUUAUGUCUAUUAUACAAUGUUACUUUGGGUUAGGAGUUUAAGUUUUUAGUUUUUCUUAUGUUGAUUUACAAUAUACCUACUUCUAAACGUAUUACCCAUGAGUCUUUUCCAGCAAAGUAUCAAACAUCCACACUACACAAUAAAAU